AUGCCAACCCACCUUUCCAUCCUGGUGUCCGGCGCCUCACCACUCGACUACGCGCGCUACCGACACGCUUCACUAUAUUUCGAAUUCGAGAACGAAGAAAGUCUCAAAUCUGCCCUAAUGGAAGUCGUGGGAUCACCGGGCUUUCUCAGUUUCUCAGAACGUGUGAAUAUCGAGCUUCCUGUUUCUUCUACGGUUCGGGGUGCACUGUGCGAAAUGCUUGAAAAGCAGCUAAUGGAUUUUGGAGAUAUCGCGCGCGUGGUCCGCGUCUGCUCAUUAUCGGAUACAGUGGCUGUAUCGUCAAUACGACGGACUGUUGCCGAGACGCCGAUUAUGAAUGAUGCGGACUGGAAUAGUCAGAAUUGGGUGGGUGAUGCGCUAGCGAGGCUUGUGGAGGCGGGUUAUUUGGAUGAAGAGGCGGAGAGGAAGGGGUUGGAUGAGAUGGUUGAUGCGGUCAUGGAGGCGAGUGAUGAGAAGUGUUAA